AUGGCUGUGGUAGUCCAAGAACUGAAUGAGAAUUGUGGCCUGUCGGGUAACCAAGGCAAUUCAGCUGCUGAACAUACAGGUAACUGCAAGCGCAGUGAACCAGAGGGAGGCAAACAAAGAAAUCUGGAAGACGAGAUUAGUACAAUUACUGAAGUUGCUGCUGAACGGCAAGAGAGAAAAGCGGAGAAUCCACAUUUUAUACCAGAGACUGUCAAGGUCACUGGCGUACAAGCUUCCGCGGCUGCAACAACAGCAGACUCCGACACAGCAACAGGGCCACCAUACUGCAUACUGUCAGAACGCGAAAAGAUCUUCAUCAUACUCUUGGUCUCAUUCGCAGCCAUUAUCUCCCCUAUCUCCAGCAGCAUCUACUUUCCGGCUCUGAACAAUCUCGCAAAGGACUUGAAUGUCUCCAUUUCGCUUAUCAACAUAACCAUCACAACAUAUCUGAUCUUCCAAGGAAUUGCGCCGUCUUUCAUAGCGAACUUUGCAGAUACCCACGGUCGACGACCCGCCUACCUAAUCUGCUUCACCGUAUAUCUAGCGGCGAAUAUAGGACUCGCGGUCCAGGACAGCUACGCCUCACUCUUGGUCAUGCGUUGCCUGCAAAGCUCAGGCAGCAGUGGCACAAUUGCACUGGGAAGCGCAGUCGUUGCCGAUCUAUCAACCAGAGCAGAGCGAGGCAAGUAUAUAGGAUACGCCAGUAUGGGCGUGACCCUUGGGCCUGCCUUGGGACCAAUCCUAGGCGGUUUAUUGGACCAUUACCUUGGCUGGCGAGCGGUCUUUUGGUUCCUGGUCAUUUUAAGCGGUGUUCUCGGGACCAUCAUUGCUAUCAUCUUGCCUGAAACCUGCCGCGCGGUUGUGGGCAACGGCUCUGUCCCUGCUGCCAGGUGGAAUCAGUCUGCAUGGCAGAGACUGCGGCAGAAACGGGGAGCUCGAAAGCAAAAGCCAGAGCCGGUCUAUCAAACCAUCGAGAAACGGCGUCGACGCGCCAAUCCGUUCGCAUCUGCCCUGAUCGCCACCGAUAAGGAAGCACUCAUCAUUCUGAUCUAUGGCUCACUAUUGUUCUCCGGCUACAUGGCCGUCUUGAGCACCUUGACCUCCCAGCUGCAAAGCAGAUUCAACUUCAACUCCAUUCAGGUCGGACUCUGCUACCUUCCAGUAGGCAUAGGCAGUCUGAGCUCCCGCUGGACAGUCGGACGAAUUCUAGACUGGAACUUUCGACGCGAAGCCCGACGGCAGGGCCUCGCCAUCGAAAAGAACCGACAGCAGGAUAUCCGACAUUUCAACAUCGAGGUUGCCCGCUUGUCUGUGACGAUCCCCCUGGUCUACUGCGCCUGCUUGUGUAUCAUAGCCUACGGCUGGGUCAUGGAGUAUAAGACUGCGCUUGCCGGCCCGGUGGUGAUGCUCUUCUUCACGGGGCAUCUGACCUCUGGGGCAUUCAGCUCGGUAAGUACAUUGAUUGUGGACCUGAACCGCCAGAGUCCUGCCACUGCAGUCGCUGCGAACAAUCUGUUCCGGUGUCUGUUGGGUGCGGGAGUCGUUGCGGCUGCGGAUCCAGUGAUCCAGCACAUAGGGAUCGGUUGGACAGCCACGCUUAUUGCGCUUCUGUGGGUACUUUUUAGCCCGCUUAUGUGGGCUGUAUUCAAAUGGGGGCAUGGAUGGAGAGAGGAGCGUAGUAGCAACGAAAAGAUGGAGGCGAACCCAGCCGAAGAGCUAUCCAGACCUGUGGGGGAAGUUCCAACGGCCAAGGAGGGUGUUUGA